CUCGAACGACGAAGGACUUCACAGCAAAUCGCUGGAAGACAUUGCUUCUUGUUCUUCGUCCAUUCUUAACUCUCCAAAUCAUGACACCCUUGAUGAAGAGAUGAGCGGUGAGGAUGACAAAAUAAAUAUCACCAUCAAAGAAAUUCGCCAAGGAAUGAGUGAUACUAAUCGGAUGGAGUCUUUGGUCGAACGCCAGACGAAGACAUUCGACAAAUCGAACAACAAAAUGAGUGGAGCGACGAGGAGGCGCAUGAAAAGAUUCAUUCAACGAGGCUAUGACAAACAACAAGCCCGUGAAAUGGCUCUUGAGAAGCCUCCAUCUGAUGUUCCGGCGAAAAGACCUAGCAAUGCAAUGGACUUGAGUGGCUCUAGUGACGGUAAACCUGAACCAAAGCGAAUUAAGGACACUUGCAAAGCUAGGCCGUAUAACGCUGGAAUAGGAAAAACUUUCUCGUUACCCACUGGUUCAAAAUCUGCGAACCAAAGGUUUGUUAAUGCAAAAAACUGCACUUCCGGGCUUUCCAAGAACCUGGAGGGUGCUAAAAAUUGUACACAAACUAACCAACUCUCUUACAGCGAUGUAACCAUUCGUGUGAAGGUGGGAAUACUCCCAAAAAACUAUCCAGUAGUUGAGCUAAGCACAGAUCAACAAAAUCUUAUUGAAGAUGCAAUUUUUGAUGCUGUUCUACUUCAGCGGAAAGAACAACUGAAACCAAAAUUUGCCAAUUGCACCUACAAACCAGGGUACAUGAUUAUCAACUGUCUCGACAAACCUACGUCUGAGUGGUUGAUGAAAUUGGUCCCUUCCCUAGUUCCGUGGAAAGACGCGGAGCUUCUGGCUGUCGAUGAGAGCAACAUUCCAAAGCCAGACAUUCUUGUUACAAUCUUUCCGAAGAGUGUAAAAUACGAUAACAACAUAAUUAAAGCGCUUAUAGAGAGCCAAAAUAACAACAUCAACACUGACGCGUGGAGAAUCCUAAAACGCUCAGUGAUCAAUAAUUUGCACAUCGAGUGGGCACUCACGGUCGACGGAGCAUCAAUGAAGACGCUAGUUAACCGAGGCAUGACCAUCAAUUAUAAAUUUGGGCAAAUUUCGUUCAGAAAAUCAAAUAGAAGUUCAGGCAAACCCAAAACAAAAGACCCAGAGGUCUCUGAUGAAGGGAAGAAUCCAAACUCUGGACAAACGGGCUCCACUUGUUCAGACCUAGAGGGCAAAACCAAAGGCGUCAAAUGCGUCAGCGGUAUACAGAACUCAGGGUCAAACAAGAUCAGUGCCUGUUUGUUCCAGAGGGAGAGUUCAAGCACUUCAUCAAGAAGACCUGAAAUCACUGCUGGCUGUUCAAAAAGCUUCAAUGAUACCACUACGAAUGUUCAGAAGCAGACCAGCACAAAGACAAUUGGAAGCCACUCCAAUCAGAGGGAUAAUCUCAUGCCCCUGAAGAAUGGUAACCAACAAAACCCACAAAAUACAGAAUAAUGUAAAACUCAUUCAGGUGAACCUUCACCACGCCAAGGGAGCAAGUAGUGUCCUAUGCAGAAGGUUCAUUCACGAGAAUUUGGACGUGGCUCUUAUUCAAGAGCCUUGGUUCAACAAUCAUAGAAUCCGAGGAAUUUCUACACCAAAAAAAUUCAUCAAUAGAGACAUCGUGGCAAUACAAUUGGAGGUACCAACGACCCGAGGGAAAACCGCCAUCAUCAUCGCAUCAGCUUAUUUUCCAGGAGACAACGUUGAAAUUCCCCCAUUAGAAGUUGCUGCGUUGGUUCAACACUGUAAAUUGAAGAACAAACAAUUCAUAAUAGGAUGUGACGCUAAUGCCCAUCAUACGGUCUGGGGUAGUAGCGACGUCAAUACUAGAGGUGAGUGUUUGCUUGAAUAUUUAAUGUCGCAUAAUAUUAACAUUUGUAACCAGGGAAACGAUCCAACAUUCGUUAACUCAGUUAGACAAGAAGUUCUUGAUCUAACACUCUGUAGCUCUAAAUUAUCAGAUACGUUAAAGAAUUGGCAUGUGUCAAGUGAAGAAUCGCUAUCUGAUCACAAACAUAUAAUGUUUAAUUAUAAUUCAGGAGAUCUUCUGAUAGAACAAUUCAGAGACCCUAGAAAAACAAACUGGGAUAUUUAUCAUUCCAAACUUCUCGACAAUAAUUCGAUGUCAUUGAAAAUUAUUUCUUCCACUGAACAGCUUGAGCUAGUUUCGUCGGAAUAUGGAACCAAUAUUUCAUCAACAUUUGAAGAAAGCUGUCCACUAACGCGGAAAACAUCAAGUAAGGAUGCAUCUUGGUGGAACAAAAAACUCGAAAAGCUUAGGAAAUUAUCUAGAAAACUUUUCAACAAGGCAAAAAUUACUUCUAAUUGGACAGAGUACAAAAACUGUCUAACGGAAUAUAAUAAAGAAAUUCGCAAAUCCAAAAGAAGGACUUGGAAGCUCACUUGUGAGCAAGUUGAAAACAUACCUGCUGUAGCAAGACUCCAUAAAGCCCUCUCAAAGGAUCAUACCAAUGAUCUUGGUAGUCUAAGAAAAGAAAAUGGACAGUUCACAACCGAUUCUCAGGAGACACUUAGUAUCAUGAUGGAAACACACUUCCCAGGAUCAAUCCAAAUGACUUCGGGAAACGCACAGGUCCUCAAUACAGCUCAAUCUUGUCCAAUCAGAGACGAGAAUAGAGCUAAUGAAAUGGCUAGGGCGGUCUUCACGAAGUCAAGGGUUGAGUGGGCAGUGGAUUCCUUGAAGCCCUUUAAAUCUCCAGGACCAGACGGGAUUUAUCCGGUGCUGUUACAAAAAUGCAAGGAUAUCACUGUCCCUCUUCUAACGGAGAUGUUUAGAGCUAGUAUGGUACUAAGCUACAUUCCUAGUAAAUGGCGAGAAGUCCGGGUUAUAUUUAUUCCCAAAGCUGGCAAUCGUGACAGGACAACUCCCAAAGCGUAUAGACCAAUUAGUCUAACAUCUGUCAUCUUAAAAAUGAUGGAAAAGAUUAUUGAUCUCCAUAUCAAAUCAUCAUAUUUGAACAGGAGACCAUUAAACAAAUCUCAAUUUGCCUAUCAAGCGAAUAAAUCAACUGAAACAGCGCUUCACACGUUAAUUUCAAAACUAGAGAAGUCUUUAGACGCAAGAGAAAUCUCACUUACAGCUUUUCUUGAUAUUGAGGGAGCAUUUGAUAAUGCUUCACACAAUUCUAUAAGUAGAGCUAUGAAAAAAUGUGGUUUUGACAUGUGCAUCUCCAAAUGGAUACAUGCUAUGUUAGCCAACCGAAUGAUAACAGCCAAAUUAGGAGGAUCAACUCUAACGACGAAACCAACAAGAGGCUGCCCUCAAGGAGGAGUUCUGUCUCCUUUGCUGUGGUCUCUUGUUGUUGAUGAACUUCUCAACAAUCUGACCAACCAGGGGUACGAAGUCAUUGGAUUUGCCGAUGACAUAACUAUUUUAGUUAGGGGUAUAUGUGAGCAUACUAUUUCCAACAGAAUGCAGACAGCCCUAAACUACACACUCAAAUGGUGCAAACUGGAAGGACUCAGCGUCAAUCCUUCUAAAACAGUUAUAAUUCCAUUCACCAGGAAAAGAAAGUACAAGAUUGCAAAUCUUAGAUUAGGAGGUGUACAAUUGGAGCUUUCCAAACGAACAAAAUAUUUAGGUGUCAUACUUGAUCAAAAGCUAAACUGGAACGACCACCUAGAGUAUGCUAUUUCUAAAGCCCGAACUGCUCUUUGGGCAUGUAGUAGUAUAUUCGGAAAAAAAUGGGGUCUAAAACCGAGAAUGAUUCACUGGGUAUACUCGGCAAUUGUGAGACCCAGGUUAAGUUAUGCUUCGUUAGUGUGGUGGCCUAAAACAACACAAAUAUCAGCUCAGAAAAAGCUUGAUAAACUACAACGUCUGGCAUGCCUAUCAAUAACUGGAGCAAUGCCCAGUAUUCCUUCCAAAGCCCUAGAUGCUCUUUUAUACCUUCUACCCCUGCACCAAUAUGUGCAACUUGAAGCGGAAAAGGGUGCUCUUAGGCUUAAACGUACGAAACAAUUCCAACAAGGAGAUCUUA